AUGAGACCUCUGCUCAAACUCGUGAUCCUCGGCACCGCGAUCACGGCGGCCCGAGGACGCGUGACCGCCGUGACGCCGGGCCUCUGCUUCGAACUCCGGCUCUCAACCGGCGGCCGCUACCAAAAGAAUUUGGCUCAUCAGCUCGAAGCCAUCGGCCCGUUGCUGGCGGCGGGCGUGCGCCAGCAGCCGGCGGCCAUCGUCGCGACGCAUGCGGACUGUCAGGCCGCUCCACCCGUCAACGUACAACGUUAACGUUACGGGGCACACGCGUUUCCCGCGUUUCAAGCAUCUGUUAGAAAGCAACGGAAAGAUCAGGAUCCAGGGGCGGUUCUCUCCCGACCCCUGGACGAUCGACCUGAACCACCUCGCGGCCGUGGCGGCGAAGGCGAAGGGACGCCUUGCGGGCGCCGAGCGGGCGGCGGCGGCGUCACGAGCGGCGGUGGCCGCCGCGCUAGAGAAAAGGGCGGCGCUGCGUCAAAACCCGACAUGUAUCGAGCUCGACGAGUCCGUCCGCGCGGGCAAGGGGACGUGCAAACCGGGGAAGGGCAUCUUCUGCAACGCGCGCCACCGGUGCUACGGGAACAGCGCGUGUGCGCUCUGUGAGCCCUAG